AAUUGAAGCAUUUUGUUGAGAUGUAAUAUUUCUUUUUGGUGUCUUUUUCUUUGGCAUCUUUGCAACAAGAGUGCUCAAUACCAUGACCUCAUUUAGUUUGCUCUCGUAGUGACAUGAGACUUCCUGAGUUUAGUAAAACUACUUGACGUUAUGAAAUUGAGGAAAUGUUAUUCUUUCCUCCACAAGAAAAAAACGCUCUUUAAAGUUUCAAAAAAUGAGAAAGCCGCAUCAAAGGUCAAGUCUCCACAACAGCAGCUUCAUCAGUUUAAACUGUGGGUUGAGUAUUUGCUUCUUGUAUCCUUUGUUAUUUUAUGUUCUUUAACCUGAAUAGUCAGCUCUUCUCUAUUCAAGUAUCAUUGAUGUUCUCCAAUGUCUUUCGGUUCUUUAAGGAGAUGAUAUAAAAUGCAGCAUACUUCCUGCACAGAAGAUCGCAUUUAUCACGCGCUGGAAAGAUGUUUACAUGGAUUGGACAGAAAUAGUUCUUCGAAUUGGAAAGCUGGGUUCUGUAUGAACCGUUGGAGCCUCGAAGAGCUUGUAAGCAGAGAUCCCCAGAGCUUCUUAAUCCUGAUUGAAAAGAUAUUGCUCAAAACCAAGGAGGUGCAGGAGACGUGUCAAUAUGACCUAUUAGUGCCACUGGCUUUAAUGUUUUAUUCUUCUGCAUUGCAAAUUCCAUUUUUUCCUCCAGAGUCGAUCUUGCUGAAGAAUGCGUACAGUAUCUACCACAAUCUCUUGACCUGGCCUGUACCUUACUGUGACAUUUGCAAGGACCUUCUAACAUUUAUCGACGAUGAAUUGAAGGCACCAGGAAUCUCAUUCCAGAGGUUGGUGAGAGCUGAACAAGGAUUAACAACCAAAAAUCUUCAAAACAAGACCAUAACGGUGCUUUUGCUUAAUUCCUCUGAAGUAUCCAACAGCUUUAUAUCAGUGGCUGAGAAGAUGAGCGGCAAGUGUGAGCCCGCCAGAGAUUCUCACAUCACUCUGAUUAAGCACAUGUACCAGGCGGCCUUUGGUGUGAAGUACAAUUUGAAUGAUAUUCAAAGUGCCCUUGAGUCUAGAACUGAAAACGACCUCUUGGACAUUUUCUCAAACUGUUCCGAUACUCUGGAAAUCUCAGCUGCAAUGAAGGACGUUGCUAAGGCCAGAGAAAAUGUUGUGACCAAAUUAGAGGAGAUUAGAGAGAGGUUUGGACUCUCUAAAGCAGGCAGUGACAGGAAGGCUAAGCUGCAAACAAUCCCUCUGCCGGUUGCAAACUGCUACAGUUAUCACUGGGACCAGGAUAACUUUGAUGUUUUACAAGAAGUUCUCCUGAAAGAGUGCGAGGUCCCUGACACUGUCGUGCUUCCAUUGCACCACAAAAGUAAUGAAGAGGAAGAGAAGGAUGUGGAGGAAGAAGAUGAUGUCAUUGAAAACGAGCGGGAUUCUGUGCUCUCUACAAUAUCUCCCUCAUCCAAUGACUACAUGAAAUCAUUUGUCUCGAAUCUCUCGGAUUACAUGGACAGCGGCUAUGUAGAGGAUGGAGAUGAAAGUUCAUCUGAAAUGAUGGGGACAUCGGAGCAGAAAGAAGAAAAACAGAACACGGUGGGAAAGAAAUUGACAAAAAAAUUAAGCAAGCUCUUCAAAACCAGAAGCACACUGACAGCGAAGGCAGAUCCAAAGUACAGUCUAAACAACUCUUACUCAAAUCUUUGUAAAGGAACUUCCAUGUCGGGAUCAUUGCCUCUUCGACGAGCUGAAAGUUUGGGCUGCACUGAAAUAAAAUCUAAGCCCCCAAUGAAAUCCAGGCGUUCAAACUCUUUGCCGCAACAUGCGGGCUACAAAUGCCAGCACGAACAAAGGUCACAACAGAACACCUCCUUCAAACGUAGACCAUAUCUCAGCUUUGAGGAUGAUUGCAAAACCAUGACAUUGCGAGUUGUCGUCUUUGGUACUGACAAGAUUCUAGGGAAAAUUGCAAGAGCUUACAGCAAACUUAGAUUAAAAGAAAGCAAAACACCCUUUCUAACAAAGUACUUCAGGAUGCAAUUUUUUUAUAUUCCUCUGCAUCAAAAUGCACUCGGUAGCCCCGUGCAGGUCACAAGCUCACCCACGGACUAUCAACAAAGGGCCUCCGUGCAAAUGGAUUUUGGCUCGAAUGAGCCCAAAGAAAUAGAUAGCACCAAUAACAUUGCCCGAUACAUUGGCAUGUUGGACUCCUGGUAUGAGCGCAACAUUCUAGACUUGCAGACGUUACCAACAACUCUGCUUUGCCAGGAGCCUUUGAAGCUGGAGAACUCUUCAGCUGAGCAGCGACUACCAGAGAGGCUUCCCAUCAUGGGUGAUCUGAUUCUUUAUUACUGUCGAAAUGCUGCUCGCCCGGUGUUAAUCCAACUCUACCAAGCAGAGUUAACUCUGGCUGGUGGAGAGAAGAAAUCGGACGUUUUUGUUUAUUCCCUCGAGCUUGGACAAUCUGCCGCUACUAGAGCUAUUAAAGCCUCGGGUCCUGGGUGUAAAAGGCUUGGGAUUGAUGGUGACAGAGAAGCAGUGCCAUUAGCUCUACAGAUUGCCUACUGCAAGGCCACAGUCAGCAGAAGGAGCCAAUGGAAUAAUGUGGAAAAAAACUGCACAUCUAUAAAUCUAAGCAAGGCUUGCAAGAAAUAUGACGAGCUAGAAUUCAAUACAGAAUAUCUUCACCUUUCCAUGACUGAGGUGGUGAAGCGACAGAACUCCAAAUCCAAAAAGAGUUAUAAUCAGCAAAUAAAUAUAUCACAAAUCAAGAUUGACAAGGUGCAAAUAAUUGGAAUUAAUAAUACCACAUUUGCAGUUUGUCUAGACCAGGAUGAGAAAAAAGUUAUUCAGAGUGUUACCAGAUGUGAGGUGUCUGUAUGUUACAAACCUGAAGACAGGAUGCCCCAGAACCAGAGCAAACACUCUUCAAUGAAGAAGCAUCAACACUCAUCAAAGUCUUGCUCCCUUCUUUGUCUUCCAAUUGUAACCUUCAGUGGUGCUUUGUCAUAGUGCUGGCCAAUGAAGACUCAGUGGCCCUAAUGCCUGCAAAUACUGUCCAAACAAUGGUCCUGACUCUAUAUUGUGUUCUGGCAGUGUUACAACUACAUAGGGCAUACAGUGCUUGUGGUCCUUACAAAUGGAGAUCAAGUGGAAUAGAAAGGCCCAGCCAGUUUAACUUGAGAUCUCACUGGCCUCACUUUAAUAGCUAUUGAUAAUGAGACUUCUUGGGAAAGGAGAGAGAAAAUGUUUCCUUGAUGGCUGUUGGCUAAGUUAUUCCUGAAACUGUUUCAGAAUAUGGAACCUUCUGUGUCAUUUAACACACCAGCUUUUGCCCCAAAUGCAAACAUAAAAUGAUUGGUGGACACAUCCCCUUUUUGUACCGACUCGCUGUAGUAGAUGAGGAAGCCAGAGGUCAUAAGGUUAACUGAGUGAGGUAGCUUGGUUAGAAUUCGAUGGGGAAUAGAAGCUGGUGCAGGGGGGGAAAUGGUGCUUCAUUUAGUCUUUAACACUUGUAGGGCAUUAGUGUGCAAAACAGUCCAAUAGAGGAAGCAACGGUAAAUAACAUAUGGAUGAAAGACUAUGGUAUCUAGUUCCCAAUGAUGUUCCAUUGGCAUCCAUUCAGCUGAGGUAGAUUCCUGGACCUGUUGAUACUGUCGAAGGUAGACACAAACUGGAGAAACUCAGUGGGUCAGGCAGCAUCUAUGGAGAGAAGGAAUGGGUGACAUUUCAGGUUGAGACCCUUCUUCUGACCGAUGGUUUGAUACUGUGUUUGAUACAGUGGUUGAUAAUUGGAUCUUGAGUAAAACAUAUAGCUGUCCUCUUGCGAAACAAAAAGAAGAAAUUGACUUUGCUAUGGAUAUCAAAGCUCCACGCGGUACUCCAGUGUCAUCUCACCACAGUCCUCUGGAGUUGUUGCAAUCAUGUUCCCACUUUUGCUCUCCAACACCCUUGCAAUAAUCACCAAUGCACCACCUUCCUUCCUGAAUUGCUUCCCAAGAUCUUUUUAUCUCAGCACCACUUUUUUGCACUAAAAGCAUACACAUGGAAAUAAAUAGUCUGCAAAACAUAUUCACAAUAGGUUGAGGAAGAAAUAUAUGAAUAAAUUGGGGACAUGUAUUAUAACAGGAAAUCAUAAGAAUGAGAACUUGAACUCUCCCACAAUUAAUUGGCCAGAAGUAACACACAGGGGAAAAUGAAACCACUUCCUACAAGAUGUACAGGGCUCCUUGUGAACUCAAUACCACCAAAAAUGGGAGGUUUUUUUUAACAUUGAGUGAACGGCAUCAUACAAAAUACAUGUAGGAGCAGCAUUAGGCCAUUUGGCCCAUCAAGUCUGCUCAGCUAUUUUAGAUAAUAAUUAUAAUAGUCUAGAUAAUAGUUACCAUUAGAUAAUAAUUCAAAGGGUGUUGGUCUAUUGAAGACCCAACCAUUGAUUGGACAAUUUUGAAGCGUUUUGAGUAGAAGUUGAUUAAAUGAUGAGAGCAACAACAAUAUUGACAAAAACAUAUUGUGAGAUAAUAGGUAACAUACCAAGCACAAGAUGAAUUAAACACUGAAUGAAUAAAGGCAUUAAGGAAAGUAACUGAAGAUAAGGGAAGGGAGAGUCACUGGGUAGCAGAGCAAGAGAGAGCAUGACUAGAUGAAUACAAAUACAUUCAGAGUGAAGUCAGCAAAAGAAAUAAGCUGACCUUGCAGAUUUAUUACAUUAAAUUAUCAAGGAACAUAAGAUAUUCUGCAGCACAUAAAAUGAGUUUAGAUUCGAAUAAAUUGAAAAUGAUUGGAAGGAUAAACAUUACAGGUACAUUAUUUAUUAUUUCUAUCACUAUAUGUAAGAGGUGUCAAAGUUUAAAUGAGAUGUGUGGGGCAAGUUGUUUUACACAGAGUGGAACACGCUGCCUGGGUUGGCGGUGGAGUCACAUAUUGUACAGGCAUUUAAGAGGCUUUUAGAUGGGAACAUAAUAUGCAAGGAAUUGAAGGAUAUGGAUCAUGUGGAAACAGAAGAGAUGAGUUGCACUUGGUAUUGUGUUUGACACGGAUAUUGUGCACCAAAGGGCCUAUUCCGGAGGUGUGCUGUUCUGUGUUCUGUGUACUUGGCUUCAGUAUUAGCUCAGGGAACAGACUGGGUGUUAUGUCAUUGGAAAGCGAGAUUAGACGGCAUUCAAUCUAGAAAAAAAUAAUAAUAUUAAAUGAAAAAAGUCAAAUAGAAAAAUGCUUAGAUCCAGAAAGUUUGUCUGUGCCUCUUUAAAAUAAUCUAACGAAGACUUUGCAAAGAAAUCAUAAUAGAUGCAAUAUUUAAUUCAGAAAAGAUGUAUGCAGAAGUGUUGCAAAUAGGUAAUACCAAACAUAUAUCUAAGAUGGGACAGAGGGGUUGCCCAUGGAACUAUAAACCAAUGGAAGAAAUAUCAUGUAAUCCCACUGAAAGAAUAAAAACAAAUAUUUAGCAAUAAAUAUUCUAAUAUGAAGAGUAGGCAUGGAUUUCAGGAAGGUAAUCUUGUUUAAUCAAUCUUAAUGUAUUUUUUAGACUGCUGACAGAUGGAAUACUUUGAGCUAUUGUAGUAAAUCGAACAUAUGAAGAUUUCUCAAAGGAUUUGCAGAAAUAAUAAAUUAAUAUACAAGGUCAGAGUAUCUAGAUUAGAUAUUGGAAUUAAAAAUUAAUUUUUAAAUGUGUGGAUGACACCAAUGGCAGUGCAUUAGUGAAGGAUGGUGUGGUUACUGGAGGUAACUGUUACUGAACAGAUUUUGAUAAAUUACUAGAGGGGAUGAAUACAUUUACAGAAUGGGACUAUUCAUUCAUAAAUUAAUCUCAACAAAUACCAAAAUUAAUCAGGGUGUCACAUUUUAUUGUAUAAAAUUAGCACUUGUUCUAUGUGAUGAAUCUUAGGGAGCAUAGCUACAAAAAUCACUAAAUAUAUCAAUGUUGUUAUUAGAAUCAAGGUAAAUUGUGAAAAAUCAUUAUUAUCAAACCCUUAUGAAUUAUACCUUUUUUUUUAGAGAUUAAGCCUUAAUUUUCUUCAGGAACAAAUAUGGUGAAAGCAAAUCAACAACAGAUUAAAUGUUAUGGGUGACAUUUUUAGGGUCGUGUCCCUUCUCAACCCAAAACGCCACCCAUCCUUUCUCUCCAGAGAUGCUGCCUGUCCCACUGAAUUACUCCAGCAUAUUGUGUCUAUCUUCAGCAUAAACCAGCAUCUGCAGUUUCUUCCUACAUAUUAAAUGCUUUUCCCAUGUUUAUUUAUGUCCAAGUGAAUUGGCUCAAUAAACCAAAUAGGCUUCAAUUAAUAACUGUGAUAUAAAUGAACUGGUUCUUGUCCCACUAAGGUGCUGACAUGGAUUAAAAUGUUUGGGGACUAAUCACACAUUUAUCAAGAUUCUACUGUGUGGGCAAGUAAAAUUGACCAGUAUUUGCUCAUAAAACUUUUUCUUACUUAUGUUGCAUUACUUAUAUUCCUCAUGUACAAAUAUGUCACUGAUGACGUAUCUGAAUUAUUUUAAUUUCCUUUAAGUUUAAUACAUGCAAGCAAAGUUAUAGCCAAGGAAUAAUGUACUGCUUGUGUUAAAAGUGGUGUUGCACUGAGCAACUGUGCCAAUGUGGAGUAUAUUCCAGCCAUGUUAUUCUAUCCUGGUCUGGAUAGAGCG